AUGCCCAGGGCCAGUGUUACUCGUGUCAUCAUUCAGAUUCAAUCGAUCUACCCAAGUCGACAUAGCCACUGUAAAGAUAAAAAUUAUACGUAUAUGUUAAGAUGCAUAGCCACGUUACAACAAAUUCUAUUACUUGCUAUUAAUGUUUUUAGUUUAUUUAAUGUGCACCAUUCAAUUGUUAAGUCGACGUAGCCAAUGUAGCCAUUGACCACAUGCACGUAGCCAUGUAGGACACAUACUAUCUCAACACCCCAACAUUAAUUAAGCUUUAGCUUUCUAUUGUCCAAAUGCUUAACUAAUCGGUUUGCCAAAACAAUGUCCUUGUAGGUCACACACACUACUCAUGAAAUACAAGUUGUUAUUAUUAAAAACUUUCUAACUUAGCCAAUAUAUAUAGACCCACAUUUCCCUCUAGCUCACAAACCAAACUCAAACCUUCUCUCAUCGAACAAGAUCAAGUUAACUUUACCUAAGCCAUUAAUUCAGAGCUUUUUUCUUUGUUUCUAGCUAAUACUAGAUAUGGCAUUCUUAAGGAGUCUUUUUGAUACUAAGCAAAUAAUUCGUCAGUCUCUUACUACUGAAUCAUCAACACCGAAAGGUUUCUUAGCUGUCUACGUUGGAGAAAAUUUGAAGAAGAAGAGAUUUUUUGUUCCGGUUUACUACCUGAGCAAACCAUCUUUCCAAGCUUUGCUGAGGAAAGCAGAAGAAGAGUUUGGCUUUGAUCAUCCAACCGGUGGUUUAAGCUUACCAUGCGAUGAAGCUUUCUUCUUCACUCUUACUUCUCAGAUUCGUUAGGCCUACACAAUAAUCAAGCUGUUUAGGAGGAAUACACAUUGUAAAUAAACUACAUUUUAAUAUUUUGAAGUUGUGGAUAUAUGUACCUAUACUGAAAUAAGAAGAAGAAUUCAGCAUAGUUAAAAAUAAAGGUCAAUGAGAGUAUUGUGCUUUCGAUGUCCAUACUCUAUUAACUCCAUGUUUUAGAUGCAGUGAAAUUAUACACACGCGUUUUGUAUAAGCCAUAUUAUGCAAUAUUAAUUAGAUACUGGGUUCUCUCUUAUUUUCAUGAAGGUGAGAACGUUAAAGACAAUAUAAGCUUCUGAGAAAUUCCAAGUUUAAUUCGAAAACUGUAACUUUUAACGUAUAAUUAUUUUACCCUUUUUAACAACCUAUCAUUUUUUGUCCCGAAAAAACUUAUUUUAAUCAUAAAAGAUAAUCUAUAUGCGGCACUCUCAUAAUUCUUUGGUUCGAACCGACUCGACCUAUUUGUACAUUCAGAGCAGCUUCAACGGUGUGAGACCAUGAGAGUUUCUAAAAAAAGUAUUAAAUAUUAUAAUUAUUUGGUUAUGUUUUUUUCUUUAAAUCAGUAAAAACAAUAUUUUCCCUCAUGUGUUGACAUCUGUCUAUUAAAUAUCUAGACAUGUUCGUAGACAUGUUCGUAGAGCACGUUCAAAAACCCUUAAGUGGUUCUUAGUCAUUAUUUUAGUAAUAAAAUUAAGUUAAGAAUUUAUGCUAAGAAAAACCUAAUUUUAUUUUUUCAAUAGUAGUAUUUUAAGUUAAGGGUUUUUUUUUUUUUAAAAGAGAGAAUUAGGAAAAAGAAACACUUUCAACUAGUAGUGGACAUUC